AACGUCGCAAACCUUAUGCUAGUAGCUAGAUUUAGGCUCGUAGGACGGGGUGUAAGCGACACUAGACGUACACCGUUUGUUGCCUCUCUAGAGGAAACAGGGAGUGGAUAGUCACACGAUAGGUUUUUGUUCGUUACGGUGGCAGUAUUGAAACGGAAUAUCUCGAGUGGUACCUUACUGUGACCUUUAUGUGAGGUCUAAGCCCUAAAGGAGCGGGUCAUAGACGGGAGGAGAGACUCGGAGAAAAGCAUCUAGCCACAGAAGCCUGGAUACUUGUUUUUAUUUUUUAUUCAGUCCCUAAAAACAGAGAGCUACAACCAAGCAGUUUUCCAGCAAGUAACAAGGACCAUGGAGGCCAUUGCCAAAUACGAUUUCAAAGCAACCGCCGAUGAUGAGCUUAGUUUCAAGCGUGGAGAAAUUCUUAAAGUAUUAAAUGAAGAGUGUGAUCAGAACUGGUACAAGGCAGAACUAAAUGGAAAAGACGGCUUCAUCCCCAAGAAUUACAUAGAGAUGAAAGCCCAUCCGUGGUUCUUUGGGAAGAUUCCACGGGCCAAAGCAGAGGAGAUGCUAAACAAACAGAGGCACGAUGGGGCCUUCCUCAUCAGAGAGAGUGAGAGUGCACCAGGGGACUUCUCCCUCUCUGUGAAGUUUGGAAAUGACGUCCAGCACUUCAAGGUUCUUCGUGAUGGGGCUGGAAAGUAUUUUCUCUGGGUGGUGAAGUUUAACUCCCUCAACGAGCUGGUAGACUACCACCGCUCCACCUCAGUCUCCCGCAAUCAGCAAAUCUUUCUGCGAGACAUAGAGCAGGUUCCCCAGCAUCCCACAUACGUGCAGGCGCUCUUUGACUUUGACCCCCAGGAGGAGGGAGAGCUGGGUUUCCGACGCGGCGACUUCAUCCAAGUCCUGGACAACUCUGACCCCAACUGGUGGAAAGGAGGCUGCCACGGCCAAACGGGCAUGUUCCCUCGCAACUACGUCACGCCCGUCAAUCGGAACAUGUAAACAGUCAGACCAUGUAAACAAGAACAACAGCCACAACACAGCAACCAUCACCACCAUCAUUAUCAUCAUCAUCGUUCUUCAUCAGCCCCCAUCCAACCCCGCCCUCCCCUUGCCCCCAACCACUCCUCCACCCCUCUUGGCCAUUCCACGAUAACAGGAGCAGACAGGAAGAACGCAAACAACUGAAAGAGAGACAGAGAGAGAGAGAGAGAGAGAGAGAGAAAGCAGGAGUAGUGCUAUCGUGGGCGUCGCUGUGUGGGUGGCAGCUGAGCAAAAUCAACUUUUACUUGUGCUGAGAAUGUUCACCACCCUAGUGAACGCCUCGGUGAGGAUUGAACUGUCUUUGAGGGAAAUCUAAAUGCAGAAACUAAAGCGUAGUGCACCAACCAUGAAGAUAACCAAAUGAAUCUACCGCUCCCACAGCUGCUUCUGUCUUCUCCUAAAACUUCUUAACAUUCUGCAUUUCUUUUGUGUUUUUUUUUCUUUUGCCGCAUGUUGUUUUAAUCUCCUAAAUGAAAUGCCUACCGAUAAAUCCUAACUCUGUUUUAAAGAAAAAAAAUCAUAAAAAAUAUAAAAAAGAAGAAAUGGUUUUAAAAAAAAAUUUACAAAAAAGAAGAGAAGAAAGAAAUGAUGCCAUCUACAGUACAGCAAGUUUCCAUGUUUAAGUUCAUUGGCACGUGAGCAUUGUACAUCAGCCAUUGGCUGUAUAAAUAAAUCAACUAUAGAGAGAAUCCAUUUUUUAAGAAUAUAUAUUAUAUAUUUGUAUGUGUUUGUCUGUUUUACCUCUCAUCACAAAUUGUGUUCUUUUCCAUUUGUAAAUUAUGUUCAAUCCUAUUGUUAGUCUGGAUAAAGACCUAGUAGCUUUAGAAUGUGCUGAAUUGUCAAGUUUUUCUUUUUUUUCUGAAUUUAUCUGAGGGCUCUCAGAUAAUACAGCAUGAUAUUUAAGGGGUCAUGAGUUCCAUUUGUAAAGGUUUCUCUUGUCUAUAAUGCAAGGAAAGUUUUUUAAAAAAAGUUAAUGAUAAGAAACCUGAGAAGAAACUAAUCCUGUCAGGAAGCUAACGUUGACCAGCAAGUAGAGCCAUGAAUGCUGCAAGAGCUGUUGUAUUAUGAAGCCCUGUGUAAAGGUCAGCCACCUUUUCAAAGCCAAUGUAUUUAUUGCAGCCAUCUUACUUGGGCAGUGAAUGUAGCUGACUGAGUCCAUAGACAUUAACAUGAGGGAAGCAAGGUCAGAGAACUGAACUACACAACCAUGCAAGGGAUUUUAAAAAACAUGCUGAAAUAGUAAUGUUGUCGAUAUUCACUUAAAAAAGAGAGUGGUGUAUGGGGAUAUGUACAGGUAGUUAACAUGCAUAUUCAAACACAUUCAUUACAUGCAUGCAUACGCAGACACUCUCCUCAUUGUUAUACCUGCACGUAGCAAAGAGGCUGAGUUUGGAUAAUCACAUUGUGUAAUCACCAGUGCAGAUCUGCAGCUGGCACAGAUAAAACAGUCCAGAAAACUGAGAGAUUGUCUUUUAUGCUAAAAGUUGAGAGAUCAGCUUAAAUGAUGUAAAAGAUUUUUUUUCCUUUCUUUUUUUCUUUUUUCUUUGUCCAAUGUGGCGUGUGGUCAAGCACUUUUUUUUGUCAAACAUUUUAUUUCUGGUCCAGUGUGUGUGUUUGUUUACUGUGUUUGUGUUACUGAUUUCUGUUUUCUUGUUCUCUCUGGAUAGUGCCUUUCUCUCUGGUGUUUCAGUGUCUCCGACCUGCUACUUUGAGCCCCCUCUCUUUACGGGGCCUGCCAGUCCUGCAGUGAGAAACAGUGUACAUAAUCCAACUUAUCCCAUCCAGCAACGCCCCCCAUCCCUUCCCCUCCUCCUACAUCAACCCGCCUUCACCUUUGUCCUCACCAACAUGGAACUCUUCUUAUUUAAGUGUCUCUCGCCUUGUCUUACCUAAUGAUACGGUUUUGUUUUUGCUCUUUUUUUAUUUGCAUUUGUUUUUUGUUUUGUUUUGUUUUCAAUUAAUAAAAUGCAAUUAUUAAAAAAUGAGAA